UAAUCAAAAAAGCUGGUGAUAUUAUUCCCCAAGUAAUUCAAGAGGAAAUUUACCAAAACUGUCCUAAUGAAGAUUGUUCCGAAAGAAAUAUUAAAUCUUUAACUCUUUUUUCUUCCAAGCCCGGAAUGGAUAUAAAAGGUAUUAGUGAAAUGGUAAUCCGCAAAUUAUAUCAAACUAAUUUGCUGAAAACCCCGGCUGAUUUUUACUAUUUAGAGCCAAGAAAAAAAGAAUUAUUAAAAAUAGAAGGUUUGCAAAGAAAAUCGGUUAAUAAUCUUUUAAAUAGCGUGGAGCGAUCGAAAAAGAUGCCUUUUUUUUGUUUGAUAACGGCACUGGGGAUUCCUCUGUUGGGGAAAGUUAAAGCCCGCAAAUUGGCCGAUUUUUAUUCUGAUUUAAUUAGUUUUAUUCAAGCAAUAGAAGAAAAUAAAUUAGAUCUGAUUGGACAAAAAUUAGGAGCCGAAACCCAAAAAGAAGUAAUGAAUUAUUUUCAAAAGCCGAAAAACUUGUCAAUAUUAAAAGAAUUAGUUAAAGUUAACAAUUGA